UGAAAUUCUGGAAGCAGGAUGAGAGUCGACAAGUAACAAGUAGCCAGGCAACACUAUGGCAGAGACGAGCACCAAGUCAGAUCAGGCGGGCAGUGCGUCUGCUCAGCACAAGGUUGCUGCUUCGCCGGACGGACAACCAGCCUCCGUACCGCUGCCGACCCUGUUUAUCAACUGCAAACAUGUACUAGGAGUAGGCUGGCCCUGGAGACAGAGCUAUAGCGCUGCUUCACGAGUGACACAAUGACUGCAGUACACAGGCAGGUAAGUGAACGCUGGUCCCAGCCCCCAUACUAGGAGGUCGCGUUUUUCUGUUAUUUGCAUAUACAAAGAAGCCGCACUAUUCAGUCCGCAAGAUGGAUUCACAGCAAACGGCAGCGACAUGAGAAGUCUGGCGAUGUUCUAGUCCCACACAUAUUUGCAGAGCAUACUGCUGGAGUUGCAACUGGGUUCAGGCAUCAUGAGCAAUAAUUUCCCCUCUCCGUAGUCGGAAGCUGAAUUUCAGGCGCUGAUUUGUGGCCGCGAAUGCUUAUGUCUUACAUGCAAUGGAAGCAUGACAUCUAAGGACAAGAAUAGAAUGAAGCUCCAGGCAACCUGUAGCAUGUAGUGAGGACCCGAACGUUCUAUCUUGGCGUCUUUUUCGAUACUGACCCUUACCUUAAAAAACGAUCGGCAGUUCUUUCGAAGCGGCCGGGAGUGCAGCUUCAACCUGGCCGGGGCUUUGCUAUCAAACGAGCCGGCGUGAAUUCUAUGGCUGGCCAUCGGAAAAGGCGACGUAGUGGAAGCGGGAAAAGCUGCGUGCUUGUAAGGCGCCCGCCGCCUUGGGUUCCGCCGAUAAGGAUCGCCCAGAGUGGGGCGCCAGAACACUGCGAACACAACAAAAACCGCGAAUGCGAAUGGCAUGGGGGCGACUUUUCACACUUUUGGAGGCCGCAAAUGCCGCGCCGUAAAUGGGCAAUCUCCAAGGCGGCGGGCAGAGCAGAAAAUGCGUAUUUUCAAUCGAAUGAAGAAAAACAAACAAAAAAACUACCAAAAGUUGAAAGCGUACCCGCAUGCUAUGGGCCCGAUUCCCGGCCUCCAAUGGGCCGGCCCUGGCGGGGGGCCAGGCGCGCCCGUGGCAUGCGGGAUACUUAGGUUUUGUUUUGUGAAGUGGGAGAGAUGGGGUGCCAGCCGGACUUUUUAUACGUGUCACCGCCAGAAAAUGCGGGAGGCGCGAGGGCAUGGCGCACAGCAAAAAGAGUUCCUGUGGAGCCCGCCAGCCACAAAGUGCCAACUAAGUGGAGUGCCUUCACAAAGAAACCGCACUGCCCCCGCCCCGCUGCGGCGGCUCUGAUUCUAGCACUAAGUUUUAGCCUGCUACACUAAGCCUCACGUCUUGCGUGCUUUCGCUCGGCGAACAGCUAGACUGCUAAGUAAACAGCUAAGCAAAACUUGGUGAGGCCGACGAUCCAUCUCUUGGCGCAAGACAGAUUUGUGUACACAAUUCCGCCCCACGGAUCUCCGCCCGCCGACGUACGGGGAGGGGAGACGUUUCCUGUUGAUACCAGGAGGUGCCAGCUCAGUCUCGCAGGACCACGAUGAACACGGGAGCAGCACCCACACCAGCGACAAAGCACGUUCCACGACUUUGCCUCCCGGUCCGGUUCCCACGGACACAGGCGAUCUCGAAGUAG